GUACUUCAUGCACAAGAAGAAACUCCACCUGUGCGUUAAAAGUACUCAGUGCACUGCCUGGAUUACAUUGGAAAUAAGCUUCCAAUUUGGACUCUUUUUUGCAGCAGUUACAAAUACAGUUUGAUCAGACAAUAGUCUGCAAUUAGCCAGAGGGGGGAUAUGUUGCGUAACGUCUCCAAGGUCCAUGUUUUGGUUAGUUUUGCCUUUAUUUUCGUCGUUCUGGGGGCCAUCUAUAUCUACUCAGGACAUGAUGUCGCAUCCUUCAGCUUUUGCCAGCCAUGUGAUGCUAACCCUGAGCCAGAGGUGAACGAUUUAACACAUGCACUGAAGGUUGUAGAGAUGAAAGAGUGCCCAAACAACAAAUGGAAGAUCACAGAACUAAAAAUGCAAAAUGGACUGAAAUAUGCUCAGCCAAGCACACAGCAAGGACGCACUGAUGUGAACUCAGUGACAAACUGGAAUGCCCCUCUGGUUUGGGAGGGAACCUUUGAUCCAGUCGUUAUCGAUGCUAUUUAUAAGAUAAUGGACCCAAGAGUUGCUGUGGUGGUGUUUGCUGUUGGCAAAUACACACGUUUCUUGAAGGGCUUCCUGGAGUCGGGUGAAAAGUACUUUCUUGUUGACUUCAGAGUCACUUACUACAUCUUCACAGACAAUGAACAAGAAGUUCCCAAAAUUCAACUGGGUAAGGGCCGGAAGAUAUCAGUGGUCAAUAUCCCCAGUGCCACCCGCUGGCAGGAAGUAGUACUUGGCAGGAUGAAAUGGGCCACCAUCACCAUUGAAAAAAGGAUUCGUGAUGAAGCAGACUAUCUUUUUAUGAUGGACAUUGACAGUGUCUUCCACAACCGUUUUGGGGCCGAGUCCCUCAGUCGGCUGUCGGCUGUGCUUCACCGUGGCUACUACAAGAAUACAAAAAGGGAUGUCUUUCCAUAUGAGCGUCGGCCCAAGUCCAAGGCCUACAUUCCUAUUGGUGAAGGAGACUACUACUACACUGCUGCUGUCUGGGGUGGAUACCUGGAGGACAUGUACAAGCUAGUCAAAUACUGCUACACACAAUCAGAGGAGGACUCCAAGAACAACAUUGAAGCUGUGUGGCAGGAAGAGAGUCACCUCAACAAGUACCUGUUGUACAACAAACCAACCAAGGUGCUAUCUCCAGAGUACCUGUGGUCAGACUAUGAUAAGAUACCAGCAGACAUUAAACUCGUCAGGAUCUCUCAGGUGGUCAAGAACUAUGCAGAAGUGCGGCCCAAUGGUGGACAGUGAUGUCAAGUCAAUGAUAUCCAGGACAAUGGUAUAUGUUAUGGCCUAUCAUAUAGUCAUAAAGUAAAAAUGAAGGGUUUAAAGAAAUAUCAAAUAAGUGGAUUUAAAUCUUGGUCCCCUGUAUGAUUUAUACAAGAUGAAAUGUUCAUGUUUUAUAGCAUGGGGUUCUUCAACUCUGCUUAAUCACUCUUGCUUUUCUUUGUUUUGGGUUUAAGGAUGCCUCAGCAUCAAUUAUAGCUUACUUACACUUCCUACACAUCAUCUAUGUUUUGUUUUUUUGUAAAGUAUAGAACACAGAAAAAAAAUGAUUUUUAUGGUAAACUCUGCAGCCUUCAUUUUCUUGCUUUUCUAAGAUGUACAUGUAAGCUGCCAUACUGCCCCCUAGUGUGAGCUCGCGUUCCCUGGAUUCUCUGGGACUUAAAAAGCAAAUUAGUUUGUUCAAGUUUAUUCGUGGAGCACAACUAGUUGCAAAUUCAAUACCUCAGUAUCCGACUGAUGAUAAAAAAAAAGGUUGAAACAUAACAGCAGACACACACACAUCAUGCUGUAUGUUCACUUCUACGUUGUUCACAAUUUUAUAUUGAAUUUAAGCUAUAAAGAAAGUGUUGGAAAGAUUUACAUUAUAGACCAUGCUUGUGACUUUUGUAAUUAAGACAGUAAACACUAUUUACAGUAAUUUCUCAUUCUCACUGUAUUUACACCUAUUUUGGGUAGAUAUACAGUUAUAUGCAAAUGUUUGGCCACACCUCGACAAAUAACACAUUUUACUGAUUUUUAUUUUAUUUUUUUAAAGAUGUGAACACAGUCUCUUGAGAGUAUAUUUGCAGCAAACAUCAAUGCAUUGUUUCAUUUUAUUUCACAAAUUGAACAAAAAUAAAAAUACUAAUGUGGCAUGUGCAAAAGUUUGACCAACCUAA